AUGAUGGCUGUGGCUUUGGAUGACGUGUGGCUGAGAGUGAAGAACGUCUGCAAACAGAACGGCCUCCUCAUCCUCUCUGUACUGGCUGUGGUCGUUGGCUGUCUGUUGGGAUUCUUUCUGAGGACACGGCGUCUUUCAGAGCAGGAGGUGAAAUACUUCCAAUUUCCUGGAGAGCUGCUGAUGAGGAUGCUGAAGAUGCUGAUUCUUCCACUGGUUGUGUCCAGUUUGAUGUCAGGACUGGCAGCUCUGGAUGCUAAGUGUUCAAGUCGGCUUGGUCUGAUCACGGUGUCCUAUUACUUGUGGACCACCUUUGUGGCUGUGAUCAUAGGGAUCAUGAUGGUCUCCAUCAUCCACCCAGGCGGCGCAGCCCAGAAAGAGGACUCUGAGGACACCAGCAAGCCUAUUAUGAGUUCUGCUGAUGCUCUACUAGAUCUAAUCCGCAACAUGUUCCCAUCCAAUCUGGUCCAGGCAACAUUUCAACAGUAUCAAACCAGGAGCCAGCAUAUUGUGAGGUCCAAACCAGUCAUGAGUCAGGACCAAUCAGAGUCCACCACACGGCGAGCGCUCGUCUAUGGGAUCCAGGAUGAUAAUGGCACUAACAUCCAGAACUUUGCCCUCGAUUUGACCCCCCCUCCAGAUGUGUUGAUACACACUCGUGAAGGAACCAGUGAUGGAAUGAACGUCCUUGGAAUUGUCAUUUUUUCAGCCACUAUGGGUAUUAUGUUGGGAAGGAUGGGACCAAAUGGAAGCGCCUUAGUAAACUUUUGCCAAAGCUUGAAUGAGGCUGUUCUUAGGAUUGUUGCCAUUGUUAUAUGGUACUUCCCUUUCGGCAUCGUUUUCCUGGUGGCUGGUAAGAUCCUUGAGAUGAGUGAUCCCUCGGCCAUGGGGAAGAAGUUGGGUUUCUAUGCCAUCACCGUGGUGUUUGGGUUGGUGUUGCAUGGCCUGUUUAUCCUGCCUGCCAUGUACUUCUUUAUCACCAAAAAGAGUCCCAUUGUUUACAUACGAGGAAUCCUGCAAGCCCUGCUUAUUGCCCUGGCAACUUCCUCCAGUUCUGCCACUUUGCCUAUAACUUUCAAGUGCCUCUUAGAGAACAAUCACAUCGACCGUCGCAUUAUACGAUUUGUGCUCCCUGUGGGCGCCACUAUCAACAUGGAUGGCACUGCUCUUUAUGAGGCUGUGGCAGCCAUUUUCAUUGCACAAGUUAAUAAUUAUGAACUGGAUUUUGGACAAAUCAUCACCAUCAGCAUCACAGCUACUGCAGCCAGUAUUGGUGCAGCUGGCAUCCCACAAGCUGGACUGGUCACCAUGGUUAUCGUGCUAACAUCUGUUGGACUGCCAACUGAUGACAUCACCCUCAUCAUUGCAGUGGACUGGGCACUAGACAGAUUCCGCACCAUGGUAAAUGUGAUGGGUGAUGCUUUGGCCACAGGCAUAAUGGCACAUAUUUGCAGGAAAGACUUCAUGAAGGAGGGAGAUGGGGUUCCUCUAAUAUGUGAGACCAAGAUGCCAGUGAAUGCUCCACCAAUCAUGAACUGCCACAACAAGAAUGGCAACUAUCGACCUCCUUCCUCAGGAAUCAAAAACAAGCUCAUCCCAUCCGAUGUAACCCGACUUAUGCGGCUGGAGGAGGGCAUUCGGCAGGUUCCAGACAGGAGGAAACCUCCGAUUCCCCCAAGACAUCUGAAGAAAGGGAAAGAACACUGCACUAUUGACAUGAAUGGCCUUGAGACCAACGUGUAGCCUCCUUAUAUUAUGUGUGCAUUUCGGCUGAUGGGAGCCGUGGAACAAA